AUGUCUUCAACUCGGACCGAAGCCGUACAGCUGAUCCGUCAAUGCUUUGCAGAAGAAGAGAAAAACCCGCCAGUUCCUCGAACGACGGACGAUGUUCCGAUCUCUUACCAAGCGAUGACCCCAGAAUGGAUAUCCGCUGUUUUGGGGCCGUAUUACGAAGGCGCGAGAGUGAAGAACUUCUCACUAGGACCCAAGGACAAUGGCACAUCGAAUCGUCGACGAGUCUAUCUCGAAUGGGAGGGCACCUCCACCAAGACUCCUCCAAAGUCUGUGUUUUGUAAAGCGGCUCAUGCUCUUAACAACCGACUCACGUUGUUCAACGGCGGGACAAAGAGCGAAGUCCAGUUUUACAAGGACAUUCGACCUCUCCUUGAUAUAGAAGCGCCGCGUUCUUAUUUCACUGCUUACGAUCCGAAAUCCUGGGCCUCCAUUAUCAUGCUCCGCGAUAUGGAUCCGCGUACACAAUUUUGCUCGCACAGGACAGUUUUGUCAAAGGAUCAGUUUGCACAACAGUUCCAGCUUUUGGGCAAGCUUCAUGGCACUUUCUACCAAUCUACCAAGGAGGUUUUCAACCAGAUCACUACCAUCAAGGAGAGGUUUAACAACCUUCUUGCAACCGUGGAUUUCGAAUCGGCAGCUCGCAAUGGGUUCAGCGCCGCAAAGGAGGUCAUACCACCUGACGUGUUUGCCCGUGAAGACGAAGUCUGGGCUCUAACUCUCAAUGCGUUGGAACGUUGCGCCUCUCUACCACCGACACUGAUCCAUGGGGAUGUACAUCUAGGCAAUUGGUACAUUACUCCUGAAGGAAAUAUGGGUCUAACUGACUGGGCCGUCCUCUCGCGUGGACACUGGUCCCGCGAUGUUGCUUACGUGUUGGGAACUGGCGUUUCGCCGGAGAAACGGCGAGAAUGGGAGCAUGAAAUGGUGCAAUUUUACAUUGAGGAACUGGCAAAGGCGGGCGGACCCUCUGUAUCGGCCGCAGAAGCCUGGCCAGAGCUUCGGAGGGCCUCGUUUCUGGCUCUGUCAUAUUGGACAAUCACACUGACCCCGUCCUCUAGCAUGCCUGAUAUGCAGCCCCAAGACACCACGCUCGAGUUCAUCCGCCGUCUGACAGCGUUCAUGGGCGAUCAUCAAGUCUUCGAGUCUUUCGCGUAUAUAUAG